AUCAAUAAAGAACGAAAAAUUUUAAGACACAUGUUUAAUUAAAUAAUAAUAAUAAAAAUAUGGAAGUAUUAAAUAAAAAAAAUAAAUAUAAAAUGUGUUGUGAAAAAGAUGAAAAUAUCAGCGCGUUCCUUCUUCCAUUAAGCAAAGAAAAGCGCACAAAUCCUUCCUCCUUUUCUCUCUCUCUCAUAUUUAAAGGCCGCAGAAGGCAGAACUAAAUUCAAGAAGCAGAGAAAGCAGCAAAGGGAGACGCAUCCACAGCAAAACUCUUUUAACUUUAACUCGUGUGAGUCACGAGACUCACUGAAACUCACAAGAAAAACAAUAGAUUGAUCGAAAAAGGCAAGAGAAUUAAUGGAGAAGAGCAGCAGUAGCACAGGAAAGGUAGAGAAAAGGGAAGAAAAUGGACAGGUUCUAGAUGGUUCGGAUAUAAUGGAGUUGGUUGAGAACGAGGAGGUGUUUAGCAGUUUCGUGCAUCAUAAGUUCCAGGAGCUGGACAGGGACGGAGACGGUAAGCUUUCUGUCAAAGAACUUGAGCCUGCUGUCGCUGAUAUUGGUUCUGCUCUUGGCUUGCCUGCUCAGGGUUCCUCGCCUGAUUCUGAUCAUAUCUAUUCUGAGGUUCUCAAUGAAUUCACCCAUGGCAAGCAAAAGGUGAGCCAGACUGAGUUUAAAGAGGUUCUGUCCGAUAUUUUACUAGGCAUGGCUGCUGGCUUGAAGCGAGACCCAAUAGUCAUCCUUCGUAUGGAUGGUGAAGACCUAUCAGAGUUCAUCAACGGACCAAGUUAUGAAGCAGAAAUGGUAUCUAUAUUUUCGCAGUUAGCAUCACCUGAUGCUGAUGGAUCAGUCCAUGAUUUCAUUGUUAAAGCCUUGGAAAAGAUUACAGUUGAUCAAGGAAUCCCCCCGUCUUCAGAUUCCUGGGUAAUGAGCAACAUUGUGGAACCCGCCCUAGAAUCUUGCACUGUCCAAGAUCUUGAUAAACCUAUCUCUCAAGAAACAUUCUUGGUGGAAUUCAAGAAAGUAGCUGAACAUGUGGCUCAACAUCUCAAAGAACAGCCAGUUAUUGUUGCUCAUAGUGAAAAUACCUUUGAUGGGACUGGCAUUAGGAGGCUGUUAACCAAUAAGUUUGAAUUAGACAAGACUCUGAACACAGCUUUAGAAAAUGUACCAAAAGAUCGAAAUGGGAAAAUGUCCCAGGAGUAUUUAAGGGUGGCAAUCGAUUCAGUGGCUCCAUCAGCUGGCCUACCUCCAAUUGGUGCUGUUGAUGAGAUAGACAAGGUUAUAGAUGAAGGGCUUAAGAUGAUGAAUGCAGAUGAUGGGAAGCUGGUUAAAGAAGAUGAGUUCAAGGAGAUAUUGACUGAAAUCCUGGGAAGUGUUAUGUUGCAAUUAGAGGGCAAUCCCAUCUCAGUUUCUUCAAAUUCUGUUGUGCAUGAGCCUCUUGCUUCCUCCUCUACACUUCUGUAGCCAUCAUUAUAUGUAUAAUAGAUGUUUUAAAUAUAUCAAAAUAAUAGUAAUAAUAAUAUAAAUGAGGAAUAAUUAUUUGUUAAUUAGGAUAUGAGGUGGAUACCUAUGCGUGGUUGUGUUCUGUGCAAUUAUCUUGAUUGUGCAUAUAUAGAAUCACAGUCAUAUGGUGAGUCUUUGUUAAUGAUAAUGAUAAUUAGUCUCUUCUGCUUGCUUUAA